UAUUAUAUUUGCUAAAUUGACUGACACAAUGAUGAGUUUGUAAUUUGCCAAAUACUCUGGUUUGUUCGUCGCUUGUCGUGGUUAGAGCAAGACGUACGUGCGGAUACAUAUUAAGCGGAAAUAAAACGUGUUUCACUAUAUUUAUACAUAUUUAAUAUAAAAAAAGCAAAAAAAAAAUUAAAUGGCUUAUUUAUUAAAAAGCAAAGAAAAUAUUUAUGAUAAAAAAAAUGUGAACCAAAUAGAAAAAAAUAAAAUUUUAAUUUUGUAAAAGUUUUUUUUUAAGAAAGAAAAAAAAAUAAAGAAAUAUUAAUUUAUUUUGAAAAAGUUGAAGAAAAAAUAAUAAAUAAAAUGUAAAAAAUAAUAUAUAAUUAAUAAUACAAAAAAAAGUGUUUUUUUGAAGUUUUAAAUGUUUUAAAAAGUUUUAUUAGAUAUUAAAUUUUUUUUACAAAGGAAUCCCCUCCUAAGUACAUAUACUUUGUUUUUGUAACAUUUACACAGCUACAAAUACUUAUACAUACAAUUACAAUUACACAGGGGAUUUUUAGUUCCUUAAUAAAUACCUUUUGUAAAAGGAAAGGAGAGCUAGAGAGUAGGGAAAAAAUCCACAACACAAAACGAAGCCUAAUCCACACACACACCCACUAUUGUGCCAACAUAAUUACACACAAAUAAUGAGCGAGAGAGCCUUAUGGGCAAAAACCAUCUUCUCUGCUCACACACACACACAAUAUGAGUAUAAAUAACAACAACAAAAGUUGAAUGAAUGUUGAAAACAAACAACACACACUCACUCAAAGACUAAAUGGUUUUUUUUAUUUUGUUUUGGGGAGAUCCCUUUGACAAACAUUGGCUUACACACGCUCCAGUUUAAAUGACAAAGAGUUGAAACGUCACUACAACAACAACAAAAACAAAACCAGCUACAACAACAACAAAACGGUACGUGCAGACAUGUAAUAACGGGCGAGAAUACACGUAAACGGAAAUAGCUUUAAGCAACAAAAAAAAAGUGACUUUAUUCACUCUCACUCAUAUCCUUUUAGCAAAACAAAAGAGAGCAAAACAUCUAAGAGUAAAUUAUAAAGUAUUUUAGAAAGAAAAUAAAACAAGUGCGCGCGCAAAUCGUAAGAAAAAAAAACAACGACCACAAUAAAACUAAAAACAACAAACAAUUGUUUUACACUGAAUUCAACGAACUUUAAGAGAAAGAGCAAAGAAAUGUGAUAAAUCAAGAUUUACAAAGGAAUAAUCCAGCAACAACAAGUUAAAUUUACAACAACAAAAAAGGGGUCAAACUAGGCAACUAAACAUAUCAGCAUAAUUAAAAAAUCAAAAAUCUAACAAAUUUGUAAAUCACAUUUACAAUAUUGUGAAACCAAACCAAAUCAAAAAAUAUGUAUCAACUCAUUAAUACAAAACAGAAUUCAAGGAACAUUAAACAAAAUCCUUUAACACAAACAAAAAAUGAUGCUAAAGUUUUGAAAUCUUUUAAAAAUUUAAGAAAAUCCAAGAAAAUAAAAAUAAUAAAAAGUUAUUUCUAAAUCCCAACACAAAAAAAAAACUAAAACAAAUAUGAACAAACCAUCAAGGACAUUUCCUUAAACCUGUACUCCCGUAACAAAAAAAAAACCCAGCUACUACCACUUGUUUUUUUGUUCUUAAAAUAGUCACACAAAAAUACUCGCUCUCUCUAUUAAGGGCCAACAAAAACAAAAUAAAGUAAACGUAACGUAACGUGCAGGAUAUAAUAACAUACACUCUCUACUACAUCAUCAUCAUUACCCACACACUGUUGCUUCCUUACAUCAUCAUUUCCACUUCCAUUUCCACAUUAAAUUACAUUUGUUUGUAAUCUAUUUGUGCAUGGUUGGUUGUCUGCUGUGGAAACUUACAAAUUUUCUGCUAUUUUUGGACUUCAACAGAAAAACCAGGAAAUUCCUACUAGAAUUCCAUUUCUAAUAUCAUCAGCUAAAGCCAAAAUAAAACCCCAUUAACAGCUAAUCUCUAUAACAAGAAUUUUGAUUAAUUAUCCUUAAAUACGAAAAUACUUACAUAUAAAGGAAAAUAUUUUCGGAAUAUUUUCAUAUUUAUAGAAACAAACGAUCAGCAGUUAAGUGAAGAGCAGUAACGCGGUUAUUAUUAGAAAAUCUACAGCUACAACGAUAAAUAUUUCAAAAUGGCAAGACGCAAAGGAGGCAGUAGAGGAAAAUCUACAGUAAAUGCACGUAAAACAGCUUUAGAGAAUGCCCGUGAAAAACUCAGAGAUGAUCCUGGUGGCACAAGAGACCAACAACAGCAGAAGGAACAAGGCCAGGCUGUGAAUAUUACCAACAUGGAAGCUACAACAACGGCGAAUACAACAACAACAACAAAAUACUACAAUAAAACAAAAUUACAAAAUAAUAACAACCAUCAACAAAAUAAAACAACAAGUACAAUAACAAAUACAAAUAAAAAAACACAACAAACAACAUAUCGGGAGGCGAAUGAAACUCAAACACCACAAAUGGUAGAAACAGCACCAACAACACAAAAGAAACUUACAGCCAAACAAGCUAAAGCAGCAGCAAAAUUAGCAGCACAACAACAAAAUGCUAAAAGUAAUACAAAUAAUCAACAGCAGCAGCAGCAACCGCAGCAACAACAACAAAAUGAAGCUUCCAAAAAGAUGAUACAAGAGAAGGAAGCUAAAUCAAAUGUAACAAAUAUACCUGCCACAACAACAACAAACACAACAACAAAAUCAAACACCACCGCCAUUAAUGCCAAUAAUACAAGUACUACGCAACAGCGUAUUACAGCAGCAGCAGCAUCAGCAAAUAAUAUUAGUAAUAGCAGUAGUAGUAGUAAUAAUAAUAAUAAUAGAAAUAAUAAUAAUAAUAAUAGUUCAAAUAUGAAUACAAGUGAUAAUAGCAUGAAUAGUAAUAUUAAAGAUCAGCAGCAGCAGCAACUGGAGAACAGCACCAAAAGUGAUAAUCAAACACAGCAAUUGUCGGAUAACAAUACAGCAGCAUCCUCCUCAAUGUCUUGGAAUAAUUCAAAAUAUUUGCAUAAGAAAUUCAAAAGAUUAGCCAGCACAACGGAGAAUGAUGCUUUACAAGAGGCCGAAAAGUUGCGUAAAACCUCAAUGUCCUCAGCUAGUUCAUCAGUGUCGUCACCACCACCGCCCCCACAAACAAAAACAACAACUCAACCACAACAGCAGCAGCAUCAACAAUCAUUAACAAUUCCUGCUGGUGGUGUUAUUAAAAAUGACGAACAUUUAACAAAUGGAGUCUUAAAUAAACAUGAAACACAACAGUUGCUGAAUGAAGCUCUUCCCCACAGCAACAACAAAAGCGAGAUCAUUAACAAGAGCUAUUCACAAAAUCAAGUGUUGCUGCAGUUAGCUCAGCAGCAACCACCACAACAACAGCAGCAGCAACAACAACAUGUUGCAGUUGCUUCAUCAAAUUCUACAGAGAUUAGUAACAGUAAUAAAACUCAAACGGUUUCAUCUGUUAGUAGCAGUGGUGGUGGUAUUGUUGCAACAUCUACGACAAGCUCAUCUACUGCUGGCGGUGGUGGGCGUUAUAAAUGUCCAUAUUGUGAUUUAAGCUGUACAAAACCCUCGGUGCUCCAAAAACACAUUCGAGCUCAUACCAACGAACGUCCCUAUCCAUGUGAAAUAUGUGGCAUUGCUUUUAAAACGAAAAGUAAUUUGUACAAACACUGCAGAUCUCGUUCACAUGCAGCCCGUCAAAAGGGCAUUGAAGUAUCGCCUGAUGCCGAUGAUGGUCUCUCAGACCAAGAUGCUGAUCCGGAAUUAAGCAACAGCAGUUCUGAGAUGUUUAGUCGUACGGGAUCUCCCAUCGAGGAACUAAGCAAUCAAAUAUUAACACAACUGCCAACACAACCGGAACAACAACCAUUUGCGCAAUACAAUGAGCCUCAAGUAUCAAUAGCUCCAUGUAAUGACUCACCUGCCCCGUUUUCAGCUGUGAAGCCAACAUUUUUACAGCAACAACCUCAGAAAAUGCCAUUGGGUUCGCCAGCUGCUGGUACACUGCCUCCUGCUGCUGCUGCAGUGGGCCCGAAUAAUACAGCAGCGACUAGUGGCCAUAAGCAGUCCAUUGACUAUAAGCCAUACAAGCCAAAAUUCCAUAAUGCUUCUUUGUAUGCCACGGCAAAAGAAGCAGCAGCUGCAGCAGCAGUAACAUCCUCAACAAUGAGUACAACUGGUUUGGCGGCGGCAGCACUCGUUACGCCAGUACCACAAAAGGAUGUGGUCACAUUACAGAAGAUACCAGAAUCUCCGCAUCUCAGUAUAAACCAACAUCAGCAUUUAGUUGCUGCUGGCGAGCAAAAGAUUGUGGUGCCAACAAGUGUCCAUCUGCCACCGCCACCGCAGCAGUCACCCACCCAUAUGCAACACCAUCCAUCGUUAUCGCCCAGUACACAAAUGAAACUAAAUAAUCACAUCAGUACACACCAGCUGCAACAGAUGCAGCAACAACAAUUGCAACAUAUGCAAUCGCAAUCACCUCAUCACUUAUUGGGACCGCCACCACCCGCUAAUGCUCUACCGCAUCCACUGGCAGCGGCUGCGUAUUAUUUGGGACAGCCGCCGGGUACACCGGCCGGUGCUUUGUUGCAUCCCUCCCAACAUAUGUCCCCGCAAUCAUUUUAUAAUCCGGUUUUUGCUUCACUGCAUAUGAUGACGCCGCAACAACAGCAGCAAUUUCAUCACCAAUUGCAAAUACAACAACAACAUUUACAGCAACAACAACUGCAAUUAACACAUUCCAGUAUAGCAGCAGUGAUACCACCACCACCUCCGCCGACACAAUCUCCCCACUCUCAAAUUUCUCCAUCGAUACCCCAAAGUCACCAUAAACAACCAUCCACACCGCUCUCAAAUCCAAAUCAUGGUUCGAUGUCCUCCAACAAUUCCAGAAAUAUCCAUCAUCCCAAAGCAAACACACCAACCAGCAGUAGCACAAUUGUACAUCCCACUCCCCAAAAUGCUUUACACUACUUAGCCAAUGCUGCAUCUGUGGCUUCCGUAGCCAUGAGUCCACCAAAUCCAUCCAACCACAAAAAUAAUGCUGAAAUCAUAGAGCAAGGCAUAAGUGUUAUUAGUCAACGUACACCGACACAUGUUAGCAACAGCUCCAAUUCCAGCACAUUGUUGCAUACAUCCGCUAAUUCUGGAAUGCAGGAAGUGACCCUGAAUAAAGAAAAAUUAAAUGAACACAUUAACAAACUGAUAUCACAGAAUGAGGCCAUUGUUGAAAAUAAGGAACUAUUGUUGCAGAAAAAAUACCCAAAGACUUUAAACCGUUCUAGAAGUUUCACUAACAACGGCAGCAGUACCAGUACUUCUACAAAUUCGGCCGGCAAUAUUCAGGUUUUGCAGACCACAACUGGUGGCCCACCGAGUGAAUCGCCGACUAAUGCCAAAUUGGCACAAGCCAUUGUACAAAAGCAACAAAUGCAACAGCAGCAGCAACAACAGCAGCAACAACAACAUCAGCAACAACAACAACAGCAGCAGCAACAACACCAACAACAGCAGCAGCAACAAUUGCAACAACAGCACUACAUCUAUCAGCAACAGCAGCAGCAAUUGCACAAACAAAGACAGUUGUAUCACGAAAAAUCAAACAUAGAGGAAGUUCCAACUGGUUUACCUUUAAAUGGUACUUCCAAACAUUUGGUUGGCAAACAACUUGUCCAACAACAACAGCUGCAUCCAGUUGCUCCACCACCGGUCAACAAUCAAGCCCAAUUCCAGCAGUAUCGUACUAUCGUAACAAUCACACCAACUCAGCCUCGUCAGCAGCCUCAUUCCGCAUCAUCAACAUCAAUUUCAGUUAACACUUCAUCGGCACACCACUCAUUGGCUAAUGUACCUUUAAAUUUAUCGGCCAAAACAAAACAGCCCGAGGAUAGUUUAGACUUGAAUAAACCCUGCCAAGGGCCAUUGCCACAAGCUCCACCGCCCGUCACUCCACGAAAGCGUCACUCCAUAGAACAGACGCAAUCUGGACAAUCUCAAUUAUUAACACCCAGCUUAGCACUUAAUGAAGCCUCAAAUUCAUCAAAUUCCAAUUCGAGUACUCCACAACCAUCCACUUCAGCCGGAAAAAAUCCACAUAAUAAUUCCAUCAUUAAACAUUUAUUGCUUACUGCUCGUGGUUUGGCGGUGCCCACAGGAACAGGCGAAGAUGCCGUUUACAUAUGUCCCCUGUGUUCUUUAUUCUUUCGAACGGCCGAGGAGUUACAGCUACACAACAGUACUUACUGUCAAGGUAGCAAUAGUAGUGCCAAUUCACCAGCCUCCUCACCAUCCCACAAAUAUUUCCGUUCAAAUUCCAUGUCAUUGAAUAUGCCGGAUUUCAAAAUUCUCUCAAAGAAUCCCCUGUCUUUGGCAAAGUUGGCAUGGUCCCAACUGAAGACGAGGCCCAGCAAUUUGGUCUUGAAUCAAUUAAGUGCUUCAGGUACCAAUACAUCGAAAAACUCUAGUACGCACACCACAUCGGCAACAUCGACCCAACCAAGUUCCCAGUCAACAACUGCCAAUACAAGUUCAGCUUCUGGUUCUUCAGUUUUAAGCAAGUCCCAACUGCCAGUGAAUGAUAUACCCAUACGUUUUGUGGAUGCUCCUCUGCCUUCACCGGGACCUCUAUUGGGAAAAACGCCCCUAGUGGAUUAUACGCUCAAUGAAUCAAAGUCCAAAUCAGAGGAAGUUAUAAUAACUAAAAUGCACGAUGAUCCCAUGUACAGUCAUGCCAACAUGGCUGAACAUCCCUCCAGUAAACGCUUAAAAUUUGAACACCUAGACAAGUUCUCAACGAAACGGCCGUCUCUAACAAGUGGAGGUGAAAUGCAGCUAUUAAGUGCCCAAGAACUAUCAAAAAAGGACGAACGUUUUAAACGCUUCACUUCUUCGGGUGGUUGUAUGAUACCCUUAUCGGAAUGCGAUGAUGUAGAUAAAAGUCCCAAAAUGAUACGUACACCCUUGUUGUCGGGUGGCAGUUUUCAAGAAGUGUCACCCAAGAAAGAAACUAAAUUGCCCUUACCCUUGAUGCCGGGUAAUCAAUUGACUCCUAAACUCAGUUUAGGUUUGCCCUCCUCUAAUGGACCACAACAUUUUCAAUUUCCUCCCAUCAACCAAAUAACAGCUUUUAAUCCAUUGACCUUGGCCCUGACCGAAAAGGUAAUACCCUAUGUUCCUGGUAUACCGGGACCAAAUAGUUUACAACCUCAGUUGCCGCAGGCACCGCCAACACCUACUCAACAACAAAAACAACAACAGACGCAGCAGCAACAGCAUCUUUUAAAUUUGCCUCAGACAGCAGCAACUAGCAAACAUUUGUCAAGAAAUGUCAGUCCCAAUAGAAACCAAACUCCAAGUCCCAUGAAUAUGUCGACAUCUGUACAAGGUAACAGCCCGGAUGCUAACAAGCCUACUUUUGGCGGUGUACAAAAUGUGCCCAGUGAAUUUAAUAGAGCGCCACCCUCUACCAACAUGCGCAAUGUUAGAAAUUGGCCAUCAGGAGUUAGCACUUUAGCCAUUAAUACUAACGCUUUCAACAGCAACAAUAACAACAACAGUAGUAACAAUAAAACAGCAGUCGCCAUUAAUGAAAUCGCAAAACCCUUGAAAUCCUUUAAUUUUAUGCGCAUGGCCGACAACUUAAGUCCUCGUAAAAACUCCAACGGCAGUGAGGCAAAAACUCCAAAUUCAUCUGCACAAAUGGAUGCAGAAACUCGACAUUUUAAUUUGGAUAAAAUGUCCAGAGAACAAUUGAUUAUACAGCAGCCCCCCAUCACUAAUAUCAGCAAGUCUUUGUCUCCUACCAAUUUAACGCUUACUCCUUUACACGUGGACACUAGCGUGCUAAGUGCAGCUGCUGCUGCUGGUGCUGACAAUGAUACUACAAGUGCAGAGGCUAAAGUUAAGUCGAAAUUUUUGCGCCCCACCAGCUUGCCCUUAAGGCCAGGCACUUUUACACCCAAACGACACCACGGUAUUACUCCCACUGCCAAUACAUUGCCUUUGAUCUCUCCAGAAACCCCCAGACCUUCUAAGGAAUGUGUUCAACUGUAUUUAAAUGGUAAUUCAUACACGUAUUUGGGCUUAAAAUGCAGCACCAAAACCUUUUACUGCACCCUCAACUGUCCACAGCCAUCUUAUGUGCAAGAUAUGCACAAGUUGUCCAUGUACAGCAUGUGGCAACAAUGUGCCGAAAAUAAUCCUCAUCCUUUGGGUCUAAAACCCAAAGAGGUUAUGUCCCUUUACGAUUCCAGACAAAAGACCCUCAUCUUUACCAUGGCCAAAGGCAAAAAGAUCACUUACACACUGGUGACAGCUCAGCAGACAGUUAUGACCCCUUUUAUCAGCACUCGAGAUAAAUUCUAUCAUCAUCAACUGAAGCCCAUAGCCCUCAAGGAUGCAUCAUUAUCAUCAUCGCCUUUGAAAGAUAAUAAGUCUUCGUCGGAGUCCAGAUCGAAAGAUCUGUCAUCGUCGAAUUCCACUUCGGUAUCUCAAACUUUAGAGGGCGGUUACGAAUCUCACGAGAAUUAUACUUAUGUAAGAGGCAGGGGACGAGGAAAAUACGUAUGCUCUGAAUGCGGCAUAAGAUGUAAGAAGCCCUCUAUGCUGAAAAAACACAUACGCACCCACACAGAUGUUCGGCCCUACACCUGCAAACACUGUAACUUUAGCUUCAAAACCAAAGGCAACCUAACAAAGCACAUGCAAUCCAAGACCCACUAUAAGAAAUGCAUAGAAUUAGGCUUAAAUCCAGGACCUAUGCCAGCCGACGGCGAAUUCUUGGAACCGGACGUAGAAUUCGAUCAGCAGUCAUCUACAUCGGCUGGUGGCAGAACCUCCUCCAUGGGCAAUGGCGAAUCCGACUCAGAUGGUGACUCCAGCGACAAUGAAACCGAAAGCAGUAACGAAUCCGAUUCAGCCAGAUCGAAUGCAACACAAACUUUGAAUGUUUCGGCGGCCGAAGAUAAUAAAUCUCACUUGGAACAUGAAGCAGCCAGAUGUUUACUCACUCUCUCCAUGACACCGCCCAUACAUACACAAAGUUUAGAAACUUCUAUGGCCAAUAGCCAAAUAGCUGUGACCACCGUUAGCUCCAGUUUCAAUGUAUCCUCUACACCUACACCGGCCAUCCGGCGUGUGAUAUCAUAUACAUCGCCAAAACCACCAUUUGACUAUCAAAAGCAAGAGCAGUACUAUUCAAAUCCGAAGGAACCCAAACCAAAAAUAAACAAUAGCAGCGCCACAAGUUUUGAAGCAGCACCCAUGGAUUUAACGAAACCCAGAGCCAUGGAUGUAAUUGCCACACAAAAUCCAACCACCUUUUCGUCAAACCCCGGGCCAGUACAAACACAGGCUCAGAUACGCGAUGUCAUCUUUGGAGUUAAUAAAAACGAAUCUGGUUUUAUGAAAACUAUGAUUUCGGUGUCAUCCAAAGUCGGCCGCAAUUAUGCCGACAAUUACGAGGAGAAUCAUCACAAGCUGAACGAAGACAUGAUGCUGUAUGAUUAUCGUAGAGAGCAGACGUUGCAGUACUACAAAAUCAAACAGACACAACUGAGCCGCGGUAUGACGGUAAAUCCUAAUGUCGUGAUGUCUAACUCAACACCAACCACUAGCACAGCGGUUACUACAUGUGUUUCGCUGGGCCUGACCAGCGUUACCUCCGUCUCCGAUGCUGUAGUAGUUUCCAGUGUUGUAACUACCGCUUCAGCGUCGCCAAUUGAACUGCCGCCUGUGGCCAAGAAAGAAGUAAUAAUAGCACCACUACAAUUGCCCAAAAUAGAAAUUGUUGAACCACCAGAAACGCCUGAUGUACCCGCCUCAGUACCAGUUACCUCUGCGACGGUUACAAUGCCAGUGGUAACGACUGUCACUGAAGUGCCGAAAUCCUUAAAGUCUUCCGACGAAGGUGAAGAAACCGAUGAAGAGCCACCUGCAAAGAAAUUGGCCACCAAACUAGACGAUAAACCAGCACACAAUUCCAAUUUACCGGCUGCCAUACUACAGCCCGGUACCACCGACUUUUCUGGUGUGCUAUCGGGCGGUGCUUCAGGCAGUCAAGCAAAUAAUGGCAAUCAACCAACACGCACCGUUAUAGUGGGUGAAGACGGUUUUACUACAAAUAACAACGAAAUUCUGCCAGUUCAUCCACGUGUACCACAAAUUUCCAAUGCCGAUGGCCGACCAGUCUGUUCUAUAUGCUCGAAAACUUUCCAAAAACAAUCCCAGCUGGUGUUACACAUGAAUAUACAUUACAUGGAGCGUAAAUACAAAUGUGAUCCAUGUGGUGUAUCGUUUCGUACCCAGGGUCAUUUGCAGAAACACGAAAGAUCAGAGGCUCACAAAAAUAAAGUCAUAAUGACUUCGACAUUCGGCGUGCCAACGACCUCCAAUCCACGACCUUUCGAGUGCACCGAUUGUAAGAUCGCCUUUCGCAUACACGGGCAUUUGGCCAAGCAUUUGCGUUCGAAAACCCACGUUCAAAAGCUGGAAUGUUUGCAGAAAUUACCCUUCGGUACAUAUGCUGAAAUUGAAAGAGCCGGCAUUAGUCUAACCGAAAUCGAUACCAGUGAUUGUGAGAAUUCGCUGAUUUCGUUGCGUGUAUUGGCCCAAAAGCUAAUCGAAAAGGAUCCCACCUCCAAACUGGGCAGCUAUACCACACCCUCGGGAGACAACUCAAAUACGGGCUUAGUUUCACAAGACAGUGCCUCUGAAGAUGGCUUUACGGCAGCCGAACGAGCUGCAGCCAACGCUAUAGCUUCGCUGGAUAACAACAGUGCAGCAAAUACACCGCGUAGAGCUAAUUCCACAUCAGAGGAUGAAAGCAUAGCCAUGGCUUUGAAUAACAAUCUAAAGAGACGUUUACCGGGCACCUACAGCAAUGGCGAGGAGAGUGACAAAGAGUUUCAAGAGCAACAUCAGGACAAACGUUUGCGACCCAGCGAUGCACAGCUCAAUAAUUCUCACCUGAAUUCGGCUAGUCCCACAAACUGACAUUAUGUUUUUGCCUAUCCCGACAUAUGAAUUAUGGAUAUGUUAUCUUGGCCUGCCCACCACACACUAAGACCCGCUAAAACUCAACAUAUACCAGUUGUACAGGAAAAUAACGCUAUUUGUAAGCGUACCGACUCAUAUAUAAAAUAUCAACACUAUAUACCCCCACCGUCUAAAAAACAUUAAAAAACCAAAAACCAUGAAAACUUUAAAGAAACCAGCUAAAACUUGUUGUACGCAAAACAAACAAAAAAAAAUAUCCUCAGGACCAAAACUACCUAACAAAAGCGAUGAAACUUUCAUCAUAUCCUUUUAGAAAACACAUAUCGUACGGAAUAAAAAAACAUUUUUCAAAAAAUUAGGACUAUUUGCAUGUAUGUAAGCUAAAAGCUAUUUUCAUUUUAAAAUACUUAAUUCCAAUUCCGUUAAGUACACAAGUUUUAGCUUGGUUUUUUUUACACUUUACAUCGUGCAAGAAAUUUUUUUUUUUUUUUUUAAAUAAUUUCGAUAUCGAAAUUAUUUUUCGAUCACGAAUAUGUUAAUUCGGCCCUUGAUUAUUUAUUUGAAAUAACUAAAAAAUACAUAUAUCAAAUCUAACAGAACAUAUACAAUCUUUAAAUGAACCAAAAACAAACAAAGAAGAACACUUUUACACACAGACAAAAUUGAUAUCAUUUUGAAAAGUAAAUCAAAUUUCAAAAACAAAUAUAUAUAAAACAAUAUAUUUUAUACCUAUAUGUACAUAAGAAAUUAUAACUUUUACAAAAAAAAGAAGUAACAAAAUUAGAAUAUUAAAACGGCUAAGG